AUGCCAACAGUUGACUCCAUAGACGUGUAUAUAGAACGGUCGUUGAGGCUGUUUGAGGCCAACCCAUCGACGACCCGAGUGACGAUAACGUACGGUUCUGCGGAGAAAAAGGCUAAAAAAUCGGGAAAACAACCAAAGACCUCGGUGGCAAAUCCACCCGCUACACACUAUACAACAUUUAAGACUUUUGACCCGGUUAGUGGGACAUGUUUCACCACCAGCACUUCCAAGGCGAAGGAGCUUUCCAGAUUGCUUGCAUUAUUGGGUCCAAGAGGAAUGCAAUUGACCAAGACGAAAAAAACGGUGGAUAGGGAUGGCGAGACGAAGAAAGUUUUGUCGGAGGUUGUUUCGAUCAAAGAGAGAGGAAUCGCAGCCAUUUUGACCAACAGAGAGUUUGCGGACGAAGAACCAGAGGUAGCACAAGCCGUGAACGUGGCGACGGAAACGGCACCAGCCGAGGCAUCCAAGCCCAAGAAGGGAAAGAAGAAGGGUAAGAAGCGUUAA